CAAGUUUUUUUUUCAAAGUAACCAUAUUAUACUUCAUUUUUUAAACUCUCUCUCUCUCUUUCAAUGUCAAAUUUAAAACAUUAUGCAGAUUCAGUCACUUGCUUAUGAGGCACUCGGUCCUGACUCUUGAGAAAGUGAUGAGCGGGUUUGAAAAGAGUUACACACCGCGACCACACAGCGUGAGGACACAUCAUCGAAAACCAGAAAAGAUUCCUUCCUUAGCGGACUCUGCACGAAAGCGGCACAAAAAAGGGGCGAACGCUAAAUUGAAUAAAGACAAAACCUACAUUGGUGACCAAUUUGACAGAUGGAUGGACCUCCGGACAAAAUUGACGAUAAAAUCCAACAUCGAACUCGCCAAGAUUCUGAUGGAUAGAUACGAAGAUAAAUCUGAUUCGUUUCUGCCCUUUAUCACUUCAACACCUGGACCAUCAAUGGUGUGUAAUGAUUCACAAUCAACAAGAUGGACUACCUGAUGCUGA